GCCGUUGGCCCUCACGCUGCGGAGCCGUUGCUGUCGCUGUCGCUGUCGCUGUCCCCGCUGCCGCUCAGUUGGCGACAUGGCACGGCCGCUGGCGCUCCUGCUGCUACCCGUGCUCCUCGCCGGGCUCCUGUCGUGUCCCGGCGCCAUGGCCAGCUACGCGCCUGACUGCUCCAAGUAUGGUGCGUAUACAUGUCCAAGGGAUUACCAUCCCGUUUGUGGCACUGAYGGAGAGACCUAUGGAAACGAGUGUGUGCUCUGCCUUUCUAACAGUGAAAGCCACAAGAAUGUAGAAAUUCACCAAAUGGGAACUUGCUGAUAUGACAGAUGGCCACUUUUCAAGAAAAUGAGAGGGUCACCUACAGUCAGAAUGGAAAUGCCUUAAAUGUACCUUCUAUGUAGCCUGUCUUAAUAAAAAAGUUUGCAUAUUCAAAGUACUGUUACUGUAUUAAAACCAGUGUUUAUAAACAUAUCCACAGUAUGGUCA